AUGUCACUCGACCUUCCAGAUCAAUGCGCGGAUGCUUUGCCGCAUUCUCCUGAGCCCUCGCCCCCCUUAGAGCCUUCGGCCGCUUUACAGCCGUCGCCCACCUUACAGCCUUCGCCCACCUUACAGCCUUCGACUACCUCCCAGCCUUCGACUACCUCCCAGCCUUCGACUACCGGUACCCUACGGCCGAAAGCUCCAGAUCUUACUCGCGAUCAGCGCCGAGAUAUAUGCCUUUUGAAAGAAAUCGGUUGGUCUUUUAAGCAAAUACAAGCCCAUCUUCAAUUCAAGCCAACAUUGUCGCAAAUUCGAUAUGCGAUUCGAUCAGGAAGACCAUCUACGCCGAAAAAAAGAACUGGAAGACCUCCCUUGUUAACGCAAGCUCAAGUUGAAGAGCUGAUCGAUUUUAUCUGUGCAUCUAAAGAAAACCGACGUAUGUCUUACGAGAAGCUUGCAGCUGAAUUGGAUUUCGGAGUAGGGAAAGAUGCGAUUCGAUCUGCGCUUGCUCGAGAAGGAUUUAAUCGUCGAUUGGGUACGCGAAAGCCUCCGGUUUCCGACAAGAACCGACAAGGCCGUUCACAACAAACCCGGGAUCUAGCUCAAGUCCCGUCCCUUUCACCACGUUUAGAAGGCAACGACGACGUCCAGAACGCAACGCCCGGUGGGCCCGAGGAGGGGAUGUCACGCAGAAUGACUCCGACAGGUACAGGCAGUUGA